UUCUGAAACGUCCGCAGGUGUGGUGGCCAUUUUGUUUACCGCCUUACUACCGCUAGCUUCAUCUCGGCUUCGCAAUCCGGUUCGUUGACUAAUUUUGUCGGCGGGCUUUUUUAACGUGACAAAAAUGUACAUCUAAAACUAUUUUCACUUAAAAAAUUAUCACGAAACACUCGCAACACACAAAACUGAUAAGCCAGAUCCCGAUCUACUCGUUUUUGACUAGACGAUCCCCAGCGCCUGGCCAGGCAGAAAGGCCACAAUGAAGCUCACAGACAAUGUGCUGCGGAGUUUCAGGGUUGCGAAGGUUUUCCGAGAGAAUUCGGACAAAAUCAACUGCUUUGACUUCAGUUCGAACGGCGAAACUGUAAUAUCGAGUAGCGAUGACGACUCGAUUGUCUUGUACGACUGCCAGGAGGGAAAACCCAAACGGACGCUUUACAGUAAGAAGUACGGUGUGGAUCUCAUCAGAUACACCCAUGCCGCCAACACUGUUGUCUACAGCUCCAACAAGAUUGAUGAUACUAUUCGAUACCUGUCCCUACAUGACAAUAAGUACAUUCGCUACUUUCCUGGACACAGUAAGAGGGUUGUUGCUCUGUCUAUGUCUCCUGUUGACGACACAUUCAUUUCUGGCUCCCUUGAUAAAACUAUUCGCCUGUGGGACCUUCGCUCACCUAACUGUCAGGGCCUCAUGCACCUGCAAGGCAAGCCUGUGUGCUCAUUUGAUCCCGAGGGGUUGAUUUUUGCUGCGGGAGUGAAUUCUGAGAUGGUCAAGCUUUACGAUCUACGCUCCUUUGAUAAGGGUCCAUUCGCCACUUUUAAAUUACAAUAUGAGCGAACCUGUGAGUGGACGGGUCUCAAGUUCAGCAAUGAUGGAAAGCUCAUUCUGGUCUCCACCAAUGGAGGAACACUCAGAGUGCUGGACGCUUUCAAAGGAGCCGUGCUCCACUCAUUUGGGGGCUAUAACAACAGUAAAGGUGUCAUUCUGGAGGCCUCUUUCACACCAGACUCUCAGUUCAUCAUGAUCGGAUCAGAAGAUGGCAAGAUCCAUGUGUGGAAUGCUGAGAGUGGAAUGAAAGUAGCACUUCUUGAUGGGAAGCACACUGGUCCAGUCACCUGUCUACAAUUUAACCCCAAAUUCAUGACCUUUGCCAGUGCCUGUUCUAACAUGCUGGUGCUGGGGGCAUACAGAGAGCCACGUCAGAGCUGGGACAAAGACUAUGACCACUUCCUGCUCCCCCUGCUAGACCCCCACGAGCCCUGCUACAUUCUAUACCGGCUGGACACCAAGAACGCUCAAGGCUAUGAGUGGCUCUUCAUCUCCUGGUCACCUGACCAGUCUCCUGUCCGGCAAAAGAUGCUGUACGCUGCCACUCGGUCCACAGUUAAGAAAGAGUUUGGUGGUGGACACGUCAAAGAUGACAUGUUCGGCACAGCUGAGGAGGACGUUUGUCUUCAGGGGUACCUGCGACACGUGACUUCAUGUUCUGCACCAGCACCCCUGACAGCAGCUGAACAGGAGCUACAGCGAAUCAAAAUCACAGAGGGCAGAGUUAAACAGGUGAAAACUGAGAUCACUGUGGACCCCAAACAUCAGACUCUACAGGGUCUUGCCUUUCCAUUACAGGCUGAGGCCAAACAUGCUCUACAGCAGCUUGCAGAGAGACGCAUUAACUACAUUCAACUAAAGCUAGAUACAGAGAAUGAGACAAUUGAACUCGUGCACACCAGCCUGACAGAAAUCCAUGAUCUACCCUGCCGGAUCCCCCUUGAUACACCCAGAUACCACUUCUUCCUCUACAAACAUUCACAUGAGGGAGACUACCUCGAGUCUGUGGUGUUCAUAUACUCCAUGCCAGGAUACAGCUGUAGCAUCAAGGAAAGAAUGCUGUAUUCCAGCUGUAAGAGUCGACUUCUGGAAGAAGUAGAGAGGGACUUCCACCUAGAAGUGGCUAAAAAGUUGGAGAUAGAUAGUGGAGAGGAGCUGACAGGGGAGUAUCUGUAUGAUGAGGUCCAUCCUAAGCAGCAUGCCCACAAGCAAGCAUUCGCCAAACCUCGUGGCCCUGCAGGGAAGAGGGGAAACAAACGUCUAAUCAAGGGAGGUGGAGAGAACGGUGGCAACAGCUAGGAAGGACAGAAAGUGAAAGGAAGAAAGAAAUGAACUUCAGUUGUACCCUAAAUGUUCAACAGCUCCCUUUUUAUGCCUGUUUGCAGGGUAAUUUUUCAUCCUGCAGAGAGGGUGAAGGAAUAAUUGGAAUACUGUGCUCAGUUGUUGUUAAUGCAAAAACAUUUUUUGUUUUUGCUUUCUUUGGCUUGUAUUUCUUUUUACUAAAUGUUAUUAGAUUAGGUGUUUUGAUGUGCAUACAUUUAAGAGAAAAACUCAGGAAUUAAUUUUAUCUGUACAUUUUCUGAGCAUAUUUUUGUUACAUGAUCUCAUACUUGCAUACACACUCAAAACUCAUUAGCAUUUUAAGCAUAUUUAAAAUUGUGAAAGAUGGAUAUGAUAGAUCAGUCAUAUUUAAAUGUGUUUCUUAAAAGUAGAAAAGACGUUUUGUCCAAGAAGCCUUUUUUAAUAACUUAAGCAGUCACAAGUCCUACAGAACCUACUGCCAUUUCAUUAAAAAAAUACAUACACGUACACACUAGAGUCAAAUGUGACACGCAGACAGUAACAUAUAUGUAGCAAGAAUUGGCUAUGGUAAAAGAUUUAGACAUGUGAUUUGGAUUAAUUUUAGGAUUAAUAUUUAAUAUUUUAAAACGAUAACUUCUUUUAUGUGUUUUAUAGUUACAGUUUUUUGAUAUAUAUAAACAUGUCUCAUAACGUCAUUCAUUGACUGACACCAUGGUCCCACAAUAUUUACCGUCAAGUGCAUACUUUUGUGUAUAAGUUUCUGUUAGUAAUCAAAACAAUUCCAAAUAAAACAUUUUUGUAUGACAAAUAUCAAAUUUUUUCCAGCAUUGAGAAUAUAUGAGUGUAUAAUU